CUGGGCUGAACACAGGAGGAGCGAGUGUUGCUUCACAGCAUGAGUUCACUUCAGUUUACGCAUCUCUAUCAGCGAACGAACAGCAAAAAACAAGAGAUAAAAUACUGAAAUCAAAUUAGACUUACUGCAGCCGUCUUACUGAUUUCAUCAAUACAGCAGCUGGAGAGCACUGCAAGAGUAUCAGCCAUAACCUCAGUUAUUUACCGCACUGCAGAAACUUAUCUCGACCAACAUGAAUUUAGACAAUAUUCCCUCCAAGUCAGAAGUCAUGGGCUGGAACUCAGACAGUCUGGCGAACUACCUAAAAAAGAUGAAGCUGUCUGGCUGCGAUACAGUGGUGAAACGAUGCGGCAUGAAUGGUGCAAAGUUCUUGACGAUGUCAAGCAACGAUCUUCAGAAAUUCCCUAAAGUUCAUGUGCCACUCAUCACAAAGCUCAGCAAUGACAUAAAUCAGGGUGUAAAGAAGAAAGGACUGUUUCAGCGACUACAACCUUCACGGCCUCCAAAUCCGGGCAACUCCAUCACUAACUUCGCGCAAAAAGAUGAAUCGUGGGAUUCGGAAGAGUUUGAUGACGACAGUGACCAAGACUAUGAGGAACCAGAUGCUGAUACUGGUACCUUUCAGGAUAACUAUGUCUGUGCAGAAGAUCUUCAACAAGAGGAAAUGGAUGAUGUAGGAGAGUGUGAGUACGAGCUGCCCCCUAGUGAAACCCCGACUGAAAUACCCAGCCAUUUCCGCAGUGCUAAGCCUCUGGGCCAGGGAGAAUACAUAGAUAGUGUUCGUAAUAGUCAACCUAAAGAACAGCCAAUUAGGCCACCCCAACGACCAGAUACAAAAUCUUCACUUCCUUCACAUCCUGCCAAAGGGAAAUUACCAGGUAAAGGUCCAAAACCGGACUUUCUUCCACAAAGACCUGCAACACCCACCAACAAACCAAAGCUUCCUGGAUCAGCACCUCAAAUAGACCGCAGGACCAAACCCCGCUCAUCAGGUCUUAUCAAAUCCAGCCCAGAGGCAUCAGAAAAAAGAAAUUACCCUAUGAAUACACCAAAUGAUUUACACUCUGCACCACAGCAGUCAAAAAUGUCGGCAACAAGGCUAAUUUCCAGACCGAUAGAAAGCAGUUUUCCCCCGCCUCCUCCUCCUGAUGAAGAUGAAAUGCUACCAGACGAAAUGGAACAGGACAUGGACCCUGAUUGGUACGUUGGAGCGAUGACGCGGGCAGAGGCUGAAGUCUCUCUGAGGCAAAUAAACAGGGAUGGAGCCUACCUCAUUAGAGACAGCUCUAAAAACGCCACCGAUCAGCCGUACACGCUGAUGGUGCUCAACAAACUGAAAGUGUACAACAUCCAGAUCCGUUUCCAUGGCAACAGCGACGGCUACUCUCUGGGCACGGGCACGGAGACUUUCCCCAGUGUGAGAGACAUGGUCACACACCACACAAAGACACAUCUGAUGCUAAUAGAUGCAAUGGAGCGUGGGACUGGAGCGCAGCAUCAGUGCUGUCUAAUGCACCCAGCAAGGCGUUAACUCGUACACUUCUGAGGAGCAGCGGGAGUGCUUUCAGCCAGGAGCGAACAAACAGCUACAAUCAACCCAUUCAAAGCUGAACAGAAAUGUUUCAGUAAGUGUAUUUACAUGCACUAAAAAUAUAUAUUUAUUAUCUGAUUAUUGCAAUGUUCUGAUUAUUCAAAUAAUCAUUUAAACCACAACUUUAUAAGGCAAGAAAAUGGCAUUCUUUUGAAAAAUUAGUGAAGAC